CCGCCAGCGACGCGACGCGCUCUCCUCCGCUCACUUCCUUCUCGAGACCACCUCCACUCAGCCGUUUCUUGACUCGACCUACGCGAGAGCGCUCAUUCUCUGCAUUGUUUGUAGAGUACACAACACAGCAUGUUUAGGGCCCAGAAAAAGCGCGUCUUGGAGCGCACCACCUUCGGCCACGAGGUCGAACGCGAGCAGGCCUAUCCUGAUCGGCUCAACAUGUACCUCGUCCCUCCUUUGGCUGAGAUUACUCUUGACCAGUUUGAGGAGUGGGCGGUGGACAGACUGCGUGUGCUCGGUGAAAUCGAAACAUGCGUGUUUCGCAACAUAAAAGCAAAGCAGAUGGAGCAGAGCGUGCGACCGCUGAUGGAGAAAUAUCUGCCUCUGUCGCCAAACUCGACAAGCGGCGGCGGAAACAAGGACAUGCAAUUAGAAGAAGAGCGCAAGAAGGAUCACUACUCCCACUUCAUCCUGCGUCUUGCAUUCUGUCGAAGCGAGGAUUUGCGUCGUAGAUUCGUCAAAGCCGAGACUCUACUCUUCCGCAUUCGCUACCUGUCUGUCGACCCCUCAGAGCGACAAGCCCUUCUGCGCAAGUACGAUUUCGGAUGGACGCCCGUCUCAGACGAGGAACGCGACGACCUUCUCCCCAACCUCAUCUUCGCGUCCGAAAACUCCUCGGCUCCGUUCGAAAAGACAGUCAAGUCCGAGAGCUAUUUCAAAGUACCUUUCGAGCGAGUGCCGGAGCUGAUCGAGACGCGUAGGGUGUACAUGAAAGCUGGUGUCGCGUACGUGCCUUCAUCGCUACAGCUAUCCCUCAUUCUCUCAGAGUUCAGCGCAAAGCUAGAACGCGCACUGGAAAUCACCGCGCGUGCGCUUCCCCGUCUAGACGAAGACGACCGUCUUGUUCCCAUCCUCAAUCAUCUGUCAAAGGGCUUCGUGGCGCCUGAAUAUGUCCCAGAGGGCGGAGACCACGGCGACGGGGUCAAAGCCUGGCAGGUCGAUUCGCUGGUCGAGCAUAUGCCGCUUUGCAUGCGAACCAUGCACCAGGCUCUGCGACGAGACCAGCAUCUACGCUACUACGGACGCCAGCAAUACGGCCUGUUUCUGAAAGGAAUCGGUCUCUCGGUCGAAGAGGCGUUAACCUUCUGGCGCAAGAGUUUUGCGAAAACGACCGACGACAAGUUCACAAAGGAGUACCGCUACAAUAUCCGCCACAACUACGGUCUCGAAGGAAAUCGCAAAAACUAUCGCCCGAUGGGAUGCCAGCAGAUUCUCAGCGACGCUGCUCCAGGUCCGAACGAUCACCACGGCUGCCCGUAUCGGUAUUUCUCUGAGGAUAAUCUCGUGGCAUCAUUGGAAGGCAUAGGGAUCCAAGAUCGAAGCGUGCUCAAGCAGGUGAAAGAUGACGUCAAGGCUAAGCAGUACCAUGUCGCUUGUACCCGCGUGUUUGAGGCAUCCCACAGAACCCUGCACGGCGUCAAGAGUUUGAUUGGAACGGGAGUGGGAAUGGAGAGUAUCACGCAUCCUAAUCUGUACUUUGAUCGGAGCCUGCAGAUGGCGAAGGAGGCGGAGAAGAUCGAGCAGGCCAGUGAUGAGCAUGCUGCCGCGGCUGCUACGAUUGCGGCCUAGAAGUUUGUGUGGGUAUUUGGAGUUUGAGAUUGGCAUUUCAAAGUGUAUAGUAGUCUAAUAGUUGUGUGUUCUUUACUUUCAAGAAUUUGCUAUCGAAACGUAGCUCGUAGGCAAACCAAAUUAUGAAAUCAUA